GUCUCUUAAAGCCUAGUCCAUGCACGACCGCCUGAAGCACAGAAAUGGUUCGGACCAUAUUUCCAUUUCCCCCUCUCGCUCCCCGCAAGUGGUAUCAUCCGAGAAGAAGGCGGGGCGGGGCAGGAGAGAGAGAGAAAGGGAAAGGAAGAGAGAGCGCUGGAUGUGUUUAGCGUCGCCUAGCAACGGAGGAGGAUGGAGCCGAGCGGCAGCCGGUGAGCGCUUAAGGGAGCGGGUUCAAGGCACUUGGGUUAGAGAGGGAGCAGGCACAGGGGUGCAUUGUGAUGAGGGGAAAGGGUGCCCCAGAAAAGGCUGCUGCCCUUCAGUGUAUUGCAUUAGUUAAGCCCUUUUAGUAUCUCUCUUCUUGGGGGGGACAGCCCCCCCCACUUUUCCUUUUAAAUAAAAUAAAAUAAAAUGAAUUUCUGGUUGUAGAUCUACAUUGCUGUGCCCUCAUUAACAGCACCCCCCAACCCGCCCCCAUUCAGCUACUAAAAUCUAGGGCUGUGAUCGUAUAUCAAGAAAGCUUGAAUUCAAGGGAAAAUGGGCAUAUAUGUGAAUGGGAAUUUCUGUUGUUAGUGGGUGAAGAAAAGGAGCCCCAUAAGACAGACCAUUGCUUCCCCCCCUGCCGCUUCACUCCUUGUCUGCCCUACCCACCAGCUCCACCCUCCAUUUCUCAAUAUUCCACCUCCCAUUGCAAACAGUCAACAAAUAUCCCAUUCCACUCAAUUGACCAAAAGGCGCUUUGUUGGGACAUCCCUGACGCUGAUGCCCUUUACUUUUCUCCUCAGUCCCCCCAUAUUACCAGCUUCUAGGAUCUCCCAGUGGAAGACAGGAGUGCCUGGUCCAUGGGGUCACAAGGAGUCAGACAUGACUAAACGACUAAACAACAACAACAAGGAUCUCCCAAACCUCUACUCUGCCCCCCUCCCGCCAGCUGCAAUCCUAUGUGUGCUUACUUAGUCCCAGUGAAUUUAUUUCUGAGUUGACAUGCAUUGGGGUGAACUGCAUGGCCCUCAUUUCCCCAUGCCUGAUAUCCAUUUCAAACAUUACUUUGUGUAACUUGUCCUCCCAUCUGGUCUUUGCUCAAGGAAGACCAAGAGCCUCUCCCUAUGCACAAGCCCAGAUACUUUCUAGUUGUUGUCAUCAGCUUUGUAGUCCCCUUACUUCAUAUUUCCUCACACUUUGCAUCUCAGCUCUCUUCCUAGGGUUUCAAGACCAUUUUCACCACUGUUUAUGUAAUCACUAAAAGCUCAGUUCCUCACAACUUCCAGCCUCUCAAACAACUGCAUUUUGUAUCUUUCUCUUCUCAAAUGUUGGGCUGUUGUCAUCCUUAUUUAUUUCCAUCAAUUUAUUGUAAUCCAGAGCUCCCAGUUUCCCUUCCCUAUUUUAGCACCACCUGCUCCUGUGAACCCAGAAUCUCCAUUCAUCCGUUUCCUAUUUAGACUGAUUCAGCACACAUGCAUUAUUAAAAGAAACAUAGCUCUCACCUUUCAUCUUGUUGUCUGUUCUAGUCAACCAAGCUGCACAUUUGCAUCUGAAACUUACUGCUAAAGUCAUCAUUAGAACUUGCAGUAAUAAGAAGCAAAGAAUAUUGUGGAAGCUGUAUCACCUUCCACACAGAACUCUUUUUCCUCUUUAGAUUGUCAUUCACAUUGAUGAUAUUAUUCAUUUACCUCUUGACUCUUCAGGACUUUUGGACUGCAACCAUUGCUAUGGCUGUAAUAGUGUGUGUGUGUGUGUGUGUGUGUGUGUGUGUGUGUGUAUGUGUGUGUUUAAUUGUUUUUUAAUGCCCGCCCCUUUUCUUAUUUUUAUCUGUAAGCUGCUUUGAGUCUUGUCAGUAAAAAAGGUAGAGUAUAAACAACAAACAAACAACAAUAACCCUAUAUAAACUUGUUUGGACUGAAGUCUCACUGAACUCAACUUCUGAGUAGGCAUGCAUAGGAUUGCACAGUUAGACCUAGUACAGUAUAAAUCUGUAGCACUAAGAUAUCAAAUUGGGUUUGCCAAAAUGAAACAAAGGCAAAUUACUACUGUUGUCAUUCUGUAUUGGUGCCCUGCCUUGCAAACUGGCCUGAAUAUAAAAUUCACCAAAAUCUAAACUGCUUUUUCAACAUAUGAUUGUAAUGUUAUUAAAAUAAUUUAUUUUCUCUAAAUUUAAAAUAAAGUGCUGAAUCGCAGCAUGGAGAAAUUGCAGAAGAUGAGAAAAAAGAGCUGCUUGCAAAAGAUGAAGAGGUAAUAUAAAUGCAAGGAUUUUGAUGUGCUGGAGAAUUAAAGUUAUAUAUAGAAAGUGAACCACAGCUUUAAAGACACAGUUUCACUUGAACUGCACACGUUUGAACUGAGGAACUCACUAGCACUGGUUUGAAUUAUUGCAAUAUGUAUAUUUGUAUUAAUUUACAAGGCCCUUAAGAACUUGAGUCCAGGGUGCCUUAAGGAUCAUUAUAUCCCAACCCAUUAACUGAGGGUGGAUUCCCUGUUUGUAGUGCCCCAUGACUCAGAUCCACGGCUCAUGUCCACCAGGAGCCAUGCAUUCAGUAUUAUGUGUCAGACUCUGUGGACCUGUUUCCCAGCUGAGAGCAACAGGUACCCUCCCUGUUGAACUUUGGAUGCUUGUCAUAGACCUUUCUAUUCCAGCAGGCAUUUUAAGUCAUUUUAUGCUUAUUUGUGAAUUUAUGUUUUUUUACCUGUGGUUUUUGUUUGUUUUAAACACCAUAUUAAGUGACUGAAGAGUUGUUUCAUUGAUUGUUCUGUAAAUUGCUCUGUGACCAUCAAUGAUGAAAAGUGGUCUAUAAAUAUUGGAAAUAAAAAUAAAUGAAUAGAAUGCUAUUUUCCUCUAUGUCUAUGUUUCACACACUUACCCUUUUCUUUGUAUUGAAUAGACUGAGCAGCUGCAAGAUACAAGUGGCCAAAAUCAAGAUGAUGGGGUGACCACAGAGGUAGGUAUUCAUGAUUCUUCAGUAGGAAAACAAUCCAGUUAAUUUAAAUGGUUUGAGAAGAGCAAAGCUGCUUCCUUUUUCUGGUAUUCAGUAGUCAAAUUAUUUUGAUUCUUUUCUAGCACUAUCAGUGCUUUGCUGUUGCUCUUACAGUAGCAGCUUACAUGAUGAGGUUGAGCAGCAGAGCUCGCCCACUGCCAGCAGCAUCCUUGCAGCUUACCUGGAUGGGGCAGGGUGGCUGUGAAUUUGGGGCUGCACAGGUACAAUGGUGGGAGCACUGGGUUGGCCCUGCUGACAUCCCUAUGUAGCCUUGACUUUGCUACCACCCUAACCUACCCCAGCCCCAUCCAGGUAGGUAGCAUCAGUGUUUGGAGGGAUGCUCCACCUCCCCCCACAGGUUGCUACUGCACUCUUGUCUCCAGUCCAGCAGAUACUAUAACAUAGUUCCAGUUUUCACUUUUAAAAAAAGAAUCUAAAUCUAAACCUUUGCUGAAAAUAAACAUUACACAGUCAUUGCCAAAGACCAUGCUACAAAUCAGUGAAGAAAAAUACAGAUCUAACUUGCUUUCUAACUGUCUUUAGACUUUGGAUUCUCAAAUUAUCACACUCAAAUCUAAAGGAUGGUUAAGCAUGUCCUUUAACAUUUGGCUGAAUCAAGACAAGUUUCUGUGCUUUCUAGAGGAUGAAACGUGAAAUAUCUUCAUAUUAUUUUCUAGUGUUCAGGUAGUGUUGAUUCAUUCUAAUUUUUGCAGCCAGGAGAAAAUAAUCCCAUGGAGGAAGGAGCAGAAGGUGCUUCUGGAGCAGUCAUGGAGGAAGGGGCAGAAGGUGUUCCUGCAGUGGCUACAGAGGAAGGGGCAGAAGGUGCUCCUGCAGUGGCUACAGAGGAAGGGGCAGAAGGUGCUCCUGCAGCAGCCACAGAGGAAGGGAUAGGAGGUGUUCUUGCGGCGAUCACAGAAGAAGGGGCAGAAGGUGCUCCUGCAGUGGCUACAGAGGAAGGGGCAGAAGGUGGUCCUGCAGCUGCUACAGAGGAAGGGGCAAAAGGUGCUCCUAUGGAAAUCUUGGAAGAGAUACUCUCAAGAGUGAUGGGUGAGCCCGGCACACCAAUGCCAGGUCUUCCUGAGAGUGGCACCCCCUCCUUUUUGCUGGUGAGUGUGACACUGAAUGUGGCACAAAGGAGCUUUUUAUUCCCUAGGUCAUGUUGGCCUCAUUUGGAUAUAAUACUGCUAAACCACACUAGAGGAAGACAGGAGAGUUCUAAAGCCCUAGGCUCAAGCAGGCUUAUUCCCAUAGUCUUGUGUUAUAUCUGAUUUAGGCCAUUCUGUUGAAUAUACAAUGUCAGGUCUCUAUCAAGAAGCAGUCCUGUUGAAAAUGUGGUUGAGUCUAAAUGAAUAAAAUGUGAGAAGGAGGAGCAGGUGGAAGUGGAUAAUUUUGGGGGGGAAGGGGCUGAUUAAAUCCAUGAGUCAAUUUUUACUAUUAUUUUGUCCAAGGCAGGGUUGAUUUACCACAGCCAAAUCCAGCUCAUCAUUUCACAGGAAGUGACCUGUCAGCCCCCUCCAGCUUUAUCUUACAAUCCGAGUGCUGUAGCACUCAGCACUGAGAUGGGGAAAUAAAGCCCUCUGCCUACUGCUUAGAGAAGAAGAUGUGUUUCCUCACUACCCAUCUCAACACUAGGGGGAGAUGGGUUUUUAGAGACCCUCAUCCUGACUUAGGGAAGAAAGGCUGAGUGCUCUAUGUGUGUCUGUGUGUGAUGGGGGGGGGGGCGGGGAGAGAGAGGAGGAAUAUGAGCUGUACUCUCCCAAGGUUGCACUAGCAAGAUGUUUCCAGUCUUUACUUUGCAAUCACACGAGGUAGCUUUUUAAAAAAAAAAUUAAUGCAGACUCUCAUAGGAUGCCAACAAGCAUCUGUGUCUAUCUGCUAUCCACCCCAGUUAUAGUCUUUAAACUGCUUCCUAGGGUCGUUGUGAGGUAGCUUCAUUCGUAUUUUGCUACAGUGGACGCUUGAGUUGCGAACGUGAUCCAUGCGGGGGGCACGUUCGCAACCCGGGACCCACGCGUGGGUCACAAUCUGGCACUUCUGCGUAUGUGCAAAGUGCGAUUUAGUGCUUCUGCGCAUACACAAGCGCUGAAACCCGGAAGUAACCCGUUCCGGCACUUCUGGGUUCAGUGCAGUGCGCAACCCGAAAUCACACAACCCAAAGUGUCUGUAACCCGAGGUAUGACUGUAUUACCAAUUCAAGUCUUUCUAAGCAUCAACACCCUUUUCGGCAGCUCCCUUCUAACAGUAGCCUUUAUUUCAGGAAGGGUAUGACACAUUCAGCCUGCCUUCCAGAUUGCCCAGUGGGCAAGUGCUGUCUCCUGUAUCUUCAGGGACCAGCAGCCUGAGAUUGGAUACGCCAUUGGGACGCCGUGUGUUUUCAGGUAUCAGUCGCCUUCCUAUUGAUGAGGACUUUGCUUGCCACUGAAGCAUGUUUUGAAUCCAAUUGGUGAUGGAGAAACCUUGCAUUUGAAAUGUUUGGUGCCAAUACUAAGUCGACUUCUGUAUUUUCCACUGUGGUUUUCUGCCUGGUUGUUAUCAUUAUAGCACUGCCACAGUCAUUUGAACAUGCUGUGGAUAUCCAAAGGAUCUGGAUAAUAGAAACAAGGAUUUUAAACAGUGAUUAAUGGAGAUGACAUUAAAUAGAUUGGAUGGAAGAGAUUUUUGUAGAACCGAGAUUGGAUAAUGGCAAUAACAACACUGUUUAUUUAUAGUACUUGUAUACCACUUCUCAGGCCACACCACUCUAAACAACUUACAUAAAGUUAUAGAAACAACAAUCAAUUUAUAGGAAGUUAAAUAGAAUCAAAAUAGGUUAGCAGAAGAGAAAGAGAACUAUAAAAUAGAUAAAAUAGCACAAAAAUGGCAGUAAAUGGAUGGAACUGGGGGAAUAUCCUUAAUAAUGUGCUGCCCAGUAGUAUCAGGUGAGAGGUGUUUGUUUAGUUUAGUGGCUUUUUGUUGCAGUUCAGUUCAGUUUAUACCCUGCUUUUCUAUGAAGCACUGUGCCCCAAGAAGGUCACAGUAAACCUUCCAUGUCAUAAAGAAGUCUUUGCUACCUUGCAUUUUCUGUUGCUGAUGCUACUCAUCUCUUCUCCACAUAUAGGUGCCUCUAAGACAGUCAUCUUCCCUGAGUCUACUGAGGCUGUUUUUCAGCCUUUGUCUCUGCAACCCAGUAUGCUUGGGCCCAUGGAAGAGGAGGAAGCGUUGCAUUUUGCUGAGGGCGAUCUCGGUAGCGAAGAGGCAGAGGAAGAAGCUGAGCUUGUUGUGUUAGACCCAGAGCAUGUAAGAAAAGACCAAAGCUUAAGAGAGCUGUCAUGUCGGCAGCUGGAUGAAAACAGAAAGUCAGAUAGUAAAAGAUAUUGAUGAAAUUUGUGAUAUUUAAAUACAAAGCGGCUGACUCUUUUGAGCAGAUCUUCUCACACAAAGAUAAAUCAGGGUUGCAAGUUAUAACAAUGUCCGUCUCCCCCCCCCCCAGUUCUAAGAUUCCCCACACUUGCUCUCUCACCCUUGUUGCUCCGAGUUUUUUCAUGAAUAUAUUCAAUCCACCAGCCUCCCAAUUUUCACACAAGAUCCCUUACUCUCAAUGACUUCCUUUCUCAUUUGCGUUCUAUAAUUACAAAUCCCCACCUUGACCCCAGUUUCCCCAGCUGUGCCUCUGCUUCCUCCCCUUUUGCCUUCCAUUUCCCCCUCGCCUUCCUUGUUCACCGAACCAUUCAGUCAGCAAACAAAAUUACCAUAAAGCUUUUUGUUUCGGCAUGAUUCUCCUCCAUUAAUUCUAUUGUUUUACAUGAGAUAAAUGCCUGGGGCAUUUAUUGAAUGCCGGUCUGUAGGUGUGUCCUAAGUGGAAGGUUGGAAAGGAGGGUGGAUGCCCAGCAUGGACCUUUGGUAAAGCUAUAUGUGAUCUUCUCUUUAAAAUUUUAUCAUGAAAUCAGGUUGUCCCCAUAUUUUGUACUGAAAUUUACCCAAGAUAGGCAGGGCAGAAAUUGUAGCAGUCGUAGAAGACAAAUGUUGACCCCUUGGAUGAUAUAUUAACUUGCUCUUGCUUCUUUCUAUAGCCCUUGAUGAAAAGAUUCCAAACUGCUCUCAAGAACUACCUGAAUAAACAGAUAGGAAAGCUGACUGAAGAGUUUCGGGAAUUGGUACAGUAUCUUUGCUUUGAAUUUUUGUCUCUUCUUUUUUGUCCAUUCACACUGGAGUGUGCAUGGUCACUUUGUCCCUCCCCUGAUUGCAGACAGCAGGCGUAAAGACUGCAAAGACUGAGAGGGAAGAACUCGGCGUGAUCUUGUAUGGGGUCCAGCAGCAGUUGGCCCAACUGCAGAUGGUACUGGAGAAGAACCACAAUCACCAUUCCCAGGUUGCCAUGGCACGCCGGCAGUUAGAGGAAGAGUUGCAAGACCUCAGGGGCAUGUAUAAGAAGACAUGCCAGGGCACUGAGAGCGAACGUAAAAAAGGUGACCUUCUUUGCUGCUAUGUUGUCCCUCACCCUUUCCGUAUUGUGAGAUUAAACCUAUCACAUGCUUACUUUGUAAGCUUUAGCUCCAGUAUUCAGGGGCUACAAAUAUUUCAACAACCUAACUAGUUUUGCCUCCUUCUAUCAGACUCCUGAAUUAUAUAUAGUAUGACUGUUGGGUCAACUGCAUGUAGACAUAGUUGGUGGUCAGUGAAUUUUCUUCCAUUGUGUUUAUAGUUGCUCUAUUCAUCAGGCCAAUGUAAAAAGUGAUAUUACGGAGGGUAUGUGUAUUCUGUACUGCAAAGUCAGAAGCUGAUACAGUGGUACCUCGGGUUAUGUACUUAAUUUGUUCCGGAGGUCCGUUCUUAACCUGAAACUGUUCUUAACCUGAGGUACCACUUUAGCUAAUGGGGCCUCCUGCUGCUGCCGCACAAUUUCUGUUCUUAUCCUGAAGCAAAGUUCUUAACCCGAGGUACUAUUUCUGGGUUAGCAGAGUCUGUAACCUGAAGCGUCUGUAACCCGAGGUACCACUGUUCUGGACAUAAAAUUCAGCAUUCUGAGAAUCCCAACUUCCAUUUUCAGUUUUCAUUCUAACUUUAUGACUAUUAUUUAUUUUUUUAAAACACAUACGUACAACAGAAGCCAAAGAGCCAUAAGCAGCACUUUUGGUGGAUAAAGCAACCUUUUAAAUGGGCCUUUUUAAAUAGGAGGAAUGGAUUGCUCCAGAUUGCGUCUUCUUCCACUGACUUAUGUGGAAUUUGCUGUCACCUACAACUAUCAGAUGAGUUGCUGAAUACAAAGCUGGGGCUAAGGGUUGGCUUUAUGUAAUGCUCCUGGUUCUUUUCUUCUGGCUAGAGAAGGAGACUAAAAGAUGCAAAACAAGAUUAAUGCAUGUGAUUAAUUUGCAUGAUUUACUGAGGCCACAGUAUUCCAGUUUUGGGGUGGAAGAAAACAUUCCCUUGGUAGGAAAUCUGGAUAUUUUUAGUAUCAUAUACACAUGCCUCUAGAUCAGGAAUCACUAACCUUCAGGGGGCCAUAGGCACAUCUGGAAAUCAGAGAAACUGUCAUGUGCAUCCACCCACACUCUGCAACCAACCACACACACUACAACCUGUUCUUAUUUCAGGCCUAAUUUCAGAAGUGAAAGGGACCCCGGUAGGUGUCGGAGAAGGUUUGCCCAUGGGUGCUGUAUUGGCAACUCCUGCUCUAGAGAUAUGAUCAAGUAGAUCCCAGUUGGGCAGCCUGUGAGUUGCAGGCCUGACAUCCUUUCACUUUAGAGAAAGCCAUCUAGUUUACAUGGUUUGUUGCUUUCCCCUUACUAUACUCUUAACCACAGUUUUGGCACAGGCUAUGGAAAUAUAUAUGUGUAUUCCUUCCGGUUUUCUUAGUUUCAGCCAUGCAGACAGAAAUGGAAAGUCUCUCCCUGCGCCUGUUCUACAUGCAGAACAUGGACCAAGACGUUCGCGAUGAUAUUGCUGUGAUGAAGAGAACAGUGAAGAAGGCUGAAAUGGAGAGGAUGCGAGCAGAGGUGGAAAAGAAAAAACAGGUACCUAGCGGUUGAUCCUCUCUAACUCCUAUCCAUGAAUGUAAUUUGCUUUAUGUAUCCUGCCAAAGCUGAUCUCCUGUUGGCCCCUUUGUCUCCUCCCAUCUGCCACAAUGACCCCUUUCCUGGAACAGCUUUCCUUCCACUUGCAUCUCCACAUAAACAGGGUGAUAAAGAAGCCUAGGGUGGUAGAGUGGGUUGCAGACUCCAACUGGGCGGUAUCAUUUUUGAACAGUCCCAGAAAGUUCCCAGCAAAUAGGAAAUUAGCAAAUUGGGCCCAUUUCUUUUUCCGAGAGUGCACAGAGAGAGCAGAGACAAAGCUGCUGCCGCUAAUCUGGAAUUGUCUGAUUUCACAGGACCUUCACGUGGACCGCCUCGUGACGAGGGUUGAUGAGCUGCAGGAGCAGAUUGCUCUGUAUGAAGCCCAACAUAUGGCUCAGGCUGAAGACACCAGAAUCACGCGACAAGAAGUGGGAGAGGUAAUGUCUUUCUGUGGCUAAGAUAUUUUCAUGAAAGGGGAAGUUUCCAGCCAGUCUCCAAAAAGGACAUGCACACAUUGCAUUGGUGAACUUAACCAGCCCACCUUUCAAACAAAAUGUUUUAUUAGAUUAAACCUAUUGUUUUAUUUACCUUUUUUGUUUUAUGUAACUCUUUGCUCAAGACUACAGUCCUGUUGCAAGUCCCAUUGAACUCAUGGGAGAUUACUCUUGAGGAGACACACAUAGGACUGCACUGUUUAAACUCCUCAGGCAGAGCUAGUGAUUCCCACAUUGAUCAAGUGCUACUGACUGACGGGGACAGAAGUGGGGCAAGGCAGCAGCAAUGUCAAGGCAGCUUCAGGUUGGCAGCAGUGGCAUCCUGCAGAUAAAUGCACACCUGCAGGAUUGCCACCACCAACCUGGAGCACCUCCCUCACCCAAGAGGGUGCCUUUGCUUCUUUGCACACACACCCUGAUGUAAAUUACGUAAAUUAUAUACCAAUUAUAUACCAAUAUUUUGACUGAUUUAAUGCAUUUAUACCCUACCUUUCCAUUAUCAUGUUUAAACAUUUAUGUAUCUAUGUGGAAGUAUUUGAUACAUAGACAGAUACAUUAACUCAUAAUACUCUGGAGCAAACUACAGGUUACAAUCCAUGUAAAGGAAGACCUUUUAGCCAUUUUUAAAAGAAUCGAUCCACAGUUUUGGGCAAGUUAAGAACUCAUCUCCUCAGCAACAAUCAUUCAGGAAAGAUCAAAUUCCUUGAGUUAUGAAUAAAUCAUUUUGUGUUCCCCGUGGGUUUUCUUUAUUGUACAAAAUGGACCUCUUUUAUGUUUAGUGUUUUGAGAUGGCAUUGACCACUUUAUUAUGGCUUAUUAAAAUUGUGUGUGUUAUCUUCUUCUGUCUAUAUUACGAAGAUAACUCAGGGUAUAUAAACUGCAUGAUUAAAAGAACAGUUUUGGGAGGAUAUAAUUUUGAGUGGAAGAAUUUCAGGGCAGGAGAUUGGAGGCACUUAGCCUUUCCCCUACAGGUUGUGUGUAAUGUGUCAUUUGCCUCUCAGUCUCCUCCAGAUAGCACUAGUCAGCACUGCAAUUUAGGGUUCCAUAGACCUUUUUAAGUCCUCCAAACUUUUCAUACAAGUUUCCAAUUUCCAACUCAUUUUUUGUACGCUCAGUUUUCAGUUCAGCUUCUUCUGACAUGAAGAAAAAAAGAACCAAGGAGAUGAGAGUUAAGGGUCAGAAUUUAUAACAUUGGUAUUGGGCUGUGUACAAAAGGAGGAGGUGGUGAUUAGCAGAAAUAGGAUUUGAUUCCCAUUUGUCUGCACAGUGUUGUAGUAUUUCACCACAGUGUCUUUGCAGGCAAGUAUAGAAAUACAAGCUAUUCACCUGGAGAAAAAGCAACUUCUGCAUCAAUGGACUGUCAGUUUGACUGCAAUGAAGCGCCGUGAUGAGGCCUACGCUGCUAUGCAGGAAGCUCUAAGGUAACCGCAGUGAAGAAGCAGAGAUUCUUUGGGUGGAUAGUAUUUCUAAAACAACAACACUUGGCUAUUGUUGCCUUUGGGUUAGAUGGAGAUCACCAUAAUUCCCAAUGGCACUCAGAACUUACCUAGAAUGGCAACUAUUCCAAAAGGAAAUGUUCAUUCUUGCUUUAUCUCUUUGCUCAAAUGUGUGCCUGGUCUGUAAACAGAUACCCACAUUUUGCCUCUCCAUCUGAUCUUCCUGGAGAUCUGCUGACAAGAGAGUUGUUGGCAGCUGUCUGCUUUCCUCUUAAUCUCUGCCUAAGGGGGGAAAGAGAACUUGUUUAUCCUCCUGUUCCUACCUUAACAUUUUAUGUUUGGAUCCAGCUCUAUCUUGAAACUUCAUGCAUCUAGGCUGGGCAGUUAGUUACUUGGUUCCUUUCUUUAUCUAGGAUCUGGACCUUGCCAAAGCUGAAAAAUUAUCCAGCUUCUCUAACAUGCUAAGAGAAGCACAGUGUGAGACAUUGGUUUCUCACAGAUACAUUAAGUGGGAGCCAAUGGCAUGCUUCAUACGUUUACUGCAAUUUGCAACUUUUGUAUCUAAAUGGCUUCGGAGUUUGUAGUUUUUGAGGAUUUGUGACAUUUUUGCAGCUGAUUUCCACAUGGUGAUUAUUGUUAGUGAUAAUAGCACUGACUUUUUGGGGUGGGCGGGAGGAGGAAUCACAUUUCCUAGCAAUAAUGCACUGCAGUUUGCUACUGAUGGGUUAGGAAAACCAUCUGAAUGAGGGGCAGCCAACAGGGUACCCUCCAGAUGUUAGAAUCAUAGGAUGGUUGGAAGGGACCAGGAGGAUCAUUGGAGGAAUCUUUUUGCCCAACGUAGGGCUCAAACCCACACCACCAUGCUCUUGUUGGAUUACUUUUGUCUGUAUUUCCAACAACAAAGAAAGUAACACCUGCCUUUUUUAUCUUGAAAUCAUCUGGAAAGGUCCAUCCUUGAAAGUAAGGAAGACAGGUGACCACUGAGAUUGAAUGAGCCAUUGCAAUCCUCUCUUAUUUCUCUCACAGUUCAUUUGGCAGCAGGCACUGAUGUCACUAUUUACCCUUGGAUAUUUCUUUUUCUGCUCCUGCAGAGAUUCCAGGCACAAGCUGAAGUCUCUAGAGAUUGAGAUUGAAGUUUACAAGAAGUCCAUCAUCAAGGAGGAGGAAAGGAAUGAGCUGUUGGCUGCUAUCUUGAACCGGUCAGAGAACGAUGCCAACACAAGCAGGAAGCUGAUAGCCCAGAGCGUGGCCAAACAGGAUGCCAUGAAAGUGGAAUUUGGGACCUACACCCGUACCCUUCAAGAAACAGAGCAAGCCCUCAAUCGGGCCAGUGUGGUGAGAUCAUGGGGCCAGGCAUUGCUACCUGAUUUACUCUAGUAAGUCACAAAAACCUAUGCUCUGUUCACAAUUGUGUGUGUGUGUUUAACAUUCCCAUAUCUUUCUUUUCCAGGAUCGAGCUGCUCGCACAAAUGAAUUGGUUCUCAUUCGCCGAGAGCUAGAGAAAGGUUCACAAAACAAGCAAGAACUGGAGAACGAGAUUGUGGGCAAGCUGCAAGAUCAGCUGAUGUCCAACAAAGCAGCGAAAUACUUUUUGCAGCUGGGCAUCAAGCUGCAGAACAGAUUGAUGGCUUUGGUAUGUACAGCACUGAAGGUUGCAUGGAGAGCACAGGAUUUCCUCCCCCUUUUUUAUAUUCGCAAUGUUUUCAAACGGUGCCUGCUGUGCGUUUGAACCAUCAGACCACAAGGACCCAGCGUUACAAGGAAAUGGUGCCAAACUUCAAGCACACCUCUUUCCUUUCUCAAUGAAGGAUGGAGAUGUGCAGAUUUUCCGUGAUUACGCUUUUUAAAAUAUUACGCAUAAAGCGCACUUAUAGGCGUAAUAAGUGUUUAUUAUGCAGUGAAAACUAUCCCAUCUGCAAUUCACCUCCAACUGAUGGCAUGUUUAUCUGACGUUCAAGGCAAUCUAACUAAUGAGGCUGUAGAUAAAGGAUGAUUCAUGCAAAGAAAACACAACUGGAAUAACAUUGCUGCCUUCUUGUGUGACAGUUCUUGCACAACCUAGUUAUGGAGGCAGAUAUAAACUGUGUAAGAAUUUAUUCCUCUUAGGAACUGGUCUGGGCCCAGUAACCAAGAAUCAUUGGCAAAUGAUGCAAAGCUGGACUUGGAGAUUCAUGAACAGCCUGUAUUGGGAAUGCGUCAGGAACUUUAGCUCAGUAUGAUACUGUUUCUUUAGCAUAAACAUUCCCUAGUUUAGCUCUCACAUUUCUUACAGUUAAAACCCACCAGAAGCUAUAAUACAAGUAAAUGGGUGUGUGGUGGAGAGAGGAGAAGGCAUGAUGUUUGAAUCUAAUCUUUUUGGUUCUUGCAUUAUGAGUUGUGUUGCCAUAGCCUGUUUUUCUAGCUUAUUCCAUCUGUGCAUUUUUAACUAAAGCUAAUUGCUAAAUCUUCCAUUUUAAAAAAGCCACACCCAGUAUUCUGAUCAUGUCAGAGAGAUACACACCUCUGUAGUUUCUAUGCAAUGAAAGAAACUUUGCAAAUGCUGCAGUUUCUGUUAGGACCUGAUGAAGCUUUAAGAAACUGUGUGCAUGUUAGUUGCUGGAGUUGUUUAUGAGGAGAGCAUUUGAGAUGCUAGUCCAUAGUUCCCACAACCUACCUUCCAACUGCUAGUGGCUGCUAGCUCUACAAUGUCCGUCUUUGACGGCCCUGGGUAGAGAAGACCACAGGUUGGGUCCAGCUGCAGUUAGGGCCUGGAGGAAUACUGAAAACCUGGUGCGGUAGUAAAUAGUAGUAAGUAAUACACAUUUCAAUGAAAAAAUACCUGCAUGGAUUGAUCCAUCUUUUGUCAUUUACUCUUGGCAAUAGUGGUUCGUUUGUGAAAUAAAUUAUUAGGCUUUGGAAAAUUCACAAGCUUUCCUUGAGUUUCUAUUAAAUGGCAAUAGAAGUUAUAUCCUAAGAUAUAAAAUGUUAUCCUCUAACUUCUACCAUCAAAGCAUCUCAGUUGUACUUAAUUCACAUUUGCCUGAACUUUUAAUACUGAUUAGGUAUGGCUAGGAAUUGUAACUGUUUUGGCCAACUGUCUUUCCUUCUAUUUUAUGUACACUUGAUUAAUAAUUUUGCUUGUUAGCUGUUGCUGGAGAUUUUUUAUUAGUGUAGCCUCCUUAAUAUUUGAAAGUCACUGGUGUGCUUCUGUAGAAAAAAAACAACAGCGUAUGUUUUAUAAGGAAGUAAAAUAUUGGCUAUUGCAGUGCAUCAAGAAAAAAGGUCUAGCACACACUCCCCAAACAAUUGAGAAGACAUCAGUGAGAGUAGUAGACAGGGCUAUACCCAGCACUAUGCAUGAGCAGAAUGGGAUCCUACUUGUACAGUGGGACUUUAUCUCCCUCUCCUCCCUGCUGAAGUCCCUUGCAUCCUCAACAUUUGCUCCAGAAUACUGGAGGACCUUCUGGAAUGGAUUUUGGAGGGAUGUGGAGAUUUGCAGCAGGAAGGAGAGGAAGGUAAAAUCCCAUUGUGCUAGUGGAAAUCCACCUGUGCCCUGUUGGGAGUCUGCUCAGUGAAGGGUGCUGUUUGUGCAAGCACCUGACCUCGUUUGACAACUGAUGGUAAUGAGACUCACAGGCAGAUUCAUGCUAAGCAGCAGACCAGCACUGAAAUCUAUCAUCCUUUAGCCAACUUACUCUAGAACUAGACUUUCUAUGUCAGUAUCAGAGGCUUGCUGAUAAUAUUGAAUCAAUUUCCCCUUCCUUUUCUGCCCUUGCUUACCUAUAGGAUAUGGUGAUUGCUAAUGCAGAAAACGACAUGGCCCAAACUGCACUGGAUCUAACAAACACCCAAUGCAAGCUGAAUAUGCUUGAAAAGAAACUCUCUGAAGUGGACAAGGAAAUGGACUAUUUGAAUGAACAAAUCAACCAUAGUGAGAUUGAAAUUGCGAAGCGAAUCCUCCUGAUUGGGCGCAAGCAGGGGCUCAUCAACCUGUACAACAAGAAAUUGGAAAUGAUCUUAUCUCAGCUGGGGGUAUGUGCCUUGUGACUUUCACGGUUUGAAAUCUGAGCCUCCUCACUGGAAUAUGACAUCUCAUUUCUGGCAUUAGGUUUCAAAAAUAUUGGCUGCCAUUCACUCCAAGAUUUAUUAGGCUAUUAUGUCUUCAGCCACUCUUUGUGCUGCACCACAGGCCACUCUUUAAAGUAGCAGGGAUUGUAAAAGCGGUUUGGGGAUUAGUGAGGACUUCCAAAGGGGAAAUGGUAUGAGAAUAAAACUCCGGCGCAUAAGGGGACCUGUUAUAUCCUUAAACUAAGCCAACAUUUCUAAUAAGAAAAACCUAGAGGAGCUACUUCAUCGUUAAUAGCGUAAUAGCAUAAAACAUAUGGUAUGUGAUCUUUUAUCAGUCUUGUCUGCUGAUCAGAACGUGCAAAAGUUUCCAGUGCCCCCUCUCACAGUGAUAAUGAGAGGCUGAAUCUAAACCAUACAUUGCUCUGAAGUGAGAAAGGUAUUAGCUCUGCACAUCCAGUAAUUCUAGAUCCACUGCAUGCAGCUGGUGAACUAGCUUGCUGUACUCAUGCCACAGGAAAACCAGUUUUUCUCCACGGUGCCAUGGGAUUCUUUAGCUCAGUACAAAGAGCCUCUUUAUAAGCACCCAAGGACUUGUGAUGCUUGAGGGGAUAUGGUGCCUUUUAUGCAUUUUCUGUACGUCUCUGUACCGCAACAUGGACUGCAGUUGAGAAGUUUCACAAUCUUUUCCCCAAUCUGUGGCAUGGUGGACUGCUGCUCUAGAUAUGCAAAUCCAAAGGUCUGCUCAAAGAUCAGAGCUAGUUAUGCAAAAUCUCUGGAUUCUGAUCUUUGCCAUUUCAAAAUACGAUACGAUACGAUAAUCUUUAUUGUCAUUGUCCCAUACAGAACAACGAAAUUGAAAAAUCUACAUAAAACAUUCCAAACCCAACAAGCCUGCUAUCCCAGCUAUCCCAACCUGGCUAGCCCCCUAAAAACUCUGAUACCCCAUUUUUAAAUACAAUAUACUCCCAUAAUGUUAUUAUUAAUAUUACAAUAAUAAUUUAUAAUAUUCAAACUUUCUUCCAAGGACCUCAAGACAGUACACAUGGAGUUUGCCCCGACCCCAAUAAUUUUAUCCUCACAACAGCCCUGUGAAGUAGGCUAGGCUGAGAUGUAAUGAAUGGUCUAUGGUCACCCAGUGUGUUUCGUGGCUGAGUGGGAAUUUGAAUCCAGGUUUUUCCGGUCCUAGUCUACCACUUUAAUCAUAUGUGUCAUUGUGCUAUUACUUUGUGUUUUGUAUAUAGGGUCUCAAGGCACAGAACGUGGGUAAUGAAAAAUUUAGAAUGAGAAAUUACUUAAGUGGGUAAACCACCUGGUCAUCUAAGGUCCCACCAUCCUUGUUGUUAUGCAUGCAUUGUUAUUUUUCAUGGCCUAGAAUUGAGCAAUGUGGGUUAGUGAAUUGCCCCUCUAUUAAACACUAACAUUAAUAAUAAGGUAGUGAUGACAUGUGGAUAAUCCUGCACAAGUUCCUUGCACUGUUGAGGCCCCUUUUUCAUGUGACAUUAACCACAAGACAGGCUGAUCAGAAAACUAUGUAAGUGGAAUUAUGGAGCACUGCAUAAAAAUGUUUUCCUUUCCCCACUGUUUUUCCUAGUUCUUCUCAAAUUGCUGAGAAUGUUUGUUUUCAUUGAUCAGACAGCAUUAAUUUAUUCCUCUGGAUGGGAUUAAGGAGGCAUCCACCAAUUGUUGUGUGAAGCUACCUCUCUGUCCGCCUGAGAGAGGCAAGGAACCUCUUAGCCAGCUCUUACAGUUAUCUAUCUCCCACCUGCUGGUCACUCCUCAGUUUAGUUUCUCCCUUACCCCAACCAAGAUCUUCCUUAGUAUUUGUUUGUUCUGUUUUGCUGUUCCUUGUGUCCAUAUAGCACCUAUGUCUGCAUUAAGCAUUUCAGUUCAGAGUAAAACAUGAGAAACUUCUGCACAUGUGGGACUCUGCAUGUUGCUCACUCUCUGCUGAAAAGUUUGAAAGCAGAGACAGCAUCAAACAGUGUAUGUAUCCAGGGAUGCGGGUGGCGCUCUGGUCUAAACCACUGAGCCUCUUGGGCUUGCUGAUCAGAAAGUCGGCGGCGGUUCAAAUCCCUGCAACGGGGUGAGCUCCCCAUUGCUCCGUCCCAACUUCAGCCAACCUAGCAGUUCAAAAGCAUACCAGUGCAAGUAGAUAAAUAGGUACCACUGCAGAGGAAAGGUAAAUGGCAUUUCCAUGUGCUCUGGCUUCCAUCUCCGUGCCCUGUUGCGCCAGAAGCAGUUUAGUCAUGCUGGCCACAGGACCCAAAAAGCUUUCUGCGGACAAACGCCGGCUUGCUCGGCCUGAAAAGCGAGAUGAGCACCACACCCCAUAUUCGCCUUUGACUGGACUUAACCGUCCAGGGGUCCUUUACCUUUUAUCUUACCAAUAUUCCUAUUUUUAUUUCAGUACUGUGCUCCUCAUAUCUAUUAUGCUCCCAAGUAAUUGAUGUUUGGCAUACUAAAACAAUUGAACGUUGCAACUGGAGUAAAUAAAAUAAAUUUGACUUGGGGCGAAUGAGAAUAAUUCAUUUGGCUACCAGAAUUUGACAUUUUCAGCACAGAUUCAGCACUCCCAGAUGCCGUUCGCAACUCAUUAUUUGAGCUGAUACGGUCUCAGAAAAAGAUUCUGUGCACUUAGAAGCAUUAGCCGCCAAGUCAUAUGUUUCCAACAUUGCUGUGAUAUGUAUAAGCAGCUGAAGUGGCAUGUUAGCCCUGCAAAAGCAAUGUGCCGCAACCCCCCCCCCCAAACAUUCAUGUGAUCCUGAUUCCAGGGACAAGAGUUGGGGCCGCUGGAAAUUGAAAUCAAGAAGCUCUCCAAACAGAUUGAGGACAAUGAUAUGGAGGUGGUGAAGCUACAGAAGCACUGGCUGAACAGCCAGAGGGAAUUAGUGAAGCUUACCGAGGUGCGGGAACAGCAGCUGGCAUCCUUGGAUAUGUUAAAGAAAGAAAUCACAAUUAAGGAGCAAAAGAAAGUUCGCAUAGAGAGUAAGUACAGGUCCUCCUCUUAAGGAGUUGUUAAUAAGAUCUUUCCCCACAGCUUUGACUGGAUGGUUUUGAAGUCUGUUUAAAGUGGGAUAAUCCUGUUUGUGAUUGCUAGUCAGUGAUUGCCAAAGGCAGAACUAAUGGGGGGAAAGGUAGAGAGACACGUCACUCUCUUUCAGUGGCGUCAGUGAAGACCUCUUCAAGCACCUGCAAAUGUGAGAUAGUCAUUUAGGUGACUGGCUAGCUACCCUAGGGUCUCAUAGCAUUUGUAAUUGCAUACUUUUCCAGGAAGGUCACGUGUUGCUCGAAUUACCAUAUUUUUCGCUCUAUAAGGCGGACUUUUCCCCUCCUAAAAAGUAAGGGGAAAUGUGUGUGCGUCUUAUGGAGCAAAUGCAGGCUGUGCAGCUAUCCCAGAAGCCAGAACAGCAAGAGGGAUCGCUGCUUUCGCUGCACAGCAAUCCCUCUUGCUGUUCUGACUUCGUUUCACUGGAGAGGCACUGCACAGAGAGGGAGAGCUGCGCAGCACCCCUUCAGUGAAGUGGGAGGAGAAGCGGAGCUCCUUCCAUUUCUCCUCCCGUUUUGCUGAAAAUGCUCUGCGCAGAGAGAGAGAGACAUUUUUUUCUUGUUCUCCCCCUCUAAAACUAGGUGUGUCUUAUAGAGCAAAAGAAAGGUACUUUUUUUACUUAGAUCGCUUUGAGUGAUUUGUUGUCAAACUCUCACAUAACUGCUGCUGCCAAAUCUCAAAAAAAAAAAAAAAAAUGUACUUCACAGCAAUCUGUAAUCAAUCCCAUGAAGUCAGAAGAUUCUUCUGAAUGCAGAAUUGUGUUUUUGAGCCCAUCAGGUUUGAAUUUCCUUUCUGAGAGAAUUUGGGAUUCUCAGGUGGCAGAAAUUCACAGGGGACUUUUAAAGGACAUUUUGCCCUUAAAACUCCAUUACCAACCUUCCAGCUACGAAGAAAGGGACUUUUAAAGUUAUAGACUCUCAUGUUCCUGCUGGCCAUGGUAAACAAGCAGUUCACUGGCCAUAGUGAACAAGACAUAUAAAGGGAUAUAAAGGUGCCGAUAAAAUCACUGGUAUCACAGUGCAUCACAGAUUUAGCAACAUCAACAGGUUUCUAUAUUUGGGCAGCAAUAUUUAUGGCAUAUUUCAUAAAGUUUAUGCACACACAUGUUCUCCAUGGCAUUUUCACCAGUGGACUAUAAUUACACACCCCAUAUUUCAGAACAUUGUUAUCUCUCCACUGUUCCCCUGCAGAUGAAAUCCAGCAGGAGAAAAAUGAGAUGAAGGAUACUGAGCGUCACAUGAAGAACAUGACUAACGACUUGGUGAAACUGCAUCUAUUGAUCAAUAAGAACAGUGAGAAUUCUGAAGGGUUGCAACAAGGCAAUACUAUCAUGGAGAAUGAGUUUGUGCGCGCUCUCAAGGUAUUGCCUGUCUUCUUGAUGCGUUUCCUCAUACAUUGUCUGAGAUGCUCUUGCUCUGUUUUGCUGAACCUAUAGAAAGGGGCAACUCUUGAGAAGUAGCCUGAAUGCCUUUUGCGGGAGUGGUGGAGCAAUAGAAAUUGUACAGUGUACCUAAGAAUUAAAUUGGGGGAAAGGGGGCUCAAAUGCACAUUUAGUCAGGGACUUAUUUGCCUGGCACACAAAAAAAUAAAGCUAUCCUUUUUAUUGGCCCAGUUUAUUCCCAAGUGGAUAAAAGGCAUAAACAAUGUCUCUCUGGCUCUAGGUAGCAGAGAGAGAAUCAAUUGAGAUGCAAGAGAAGCUGGACCGACUUCAAGAAGAGAAAGAGAGGCUCCUCAACAGCCUACUCGAGGCAGAGUGAGUCCUUUUGUGUAAUAUGGAACUUGAACGCUUAUGCAGUACAGCUGGUAAAAUAUACAUGCUUCCUUAUGGUUGCAUUUCCUCUCUUUUGGAAGGACCAAGUAUAGCCACAAGUACCGUAAAUCAGAUAUCCUUUUCUCACAGCCUCAGAGCUGAACAGACAGCAGCUUUCAUGCCUGGAAUAAUUGGUUUGUUCACCACAAUUGCUACUGUGCUGUCCAGGGUCUUCUAGAUGAUUUCUUUUUUAAAGCAACAAUUCUACUCUUCUCAGUAUUUUUGUGAGAUCCACAUAUCCACCUGUAACACUUAUGUUGUGAGUUCACGUUACACAGACAAUAGUAAUUUAGUUGCCUGGAAAAUGCAAUCUCUCCUACCAACAUCUCUCUGCACCCAACUUACCCCAAAAGCAUGCCUGUUGUGAUAGUGAGUUUUGUACGGUGUGCAGUUUGCUUGAGGCUCCAGGCUCCUCUUGGCUAGUGAGAUCAGUAGUAUAACUCUGUGACCUUUUUGUAACUAAUAUAUAUUACCUUGGAAACAGAUACAGUUCAGAGCCAAAAUAACUGCUUUAGUGCUCUGUAUAAAACCUUUCCAUCCCCCUCACCUUUUCUCCUUUUAGAUGUCAGAUGAUGCAAUGGGAGAAGAAAAUACAGCUGGCCAAAGAGAUGCGUGCAGCAGUGGAUUCAGAGACCGGGCAGGGUGAGAUCCAAGCCAUGAAGUCAGAGAUCCACAGGAUGCAGGUGACAUAGAAAGGGUUGGGUAGACAAAUCUGCUCAUCACCUAGCCUGGCAAAAGCAUCAGAAACCUCAGCAAACUGGUGGAAGCCUAGUCUAAGGCACUAAGGCAGAGAGUAUUUCAGCCUAAACAUUACCUCCUGCCUACACAGUAGACUUCUGGUGAUCCUUUCCUGUUCUGCUGAUGUAUCUAUUAUGAUGGAAGACAAUGUAGGAAGGAAAGUUGCACAUAUAAUAUAUAUGUGGGGGCCUGGUGACUUUUUGUGCCAGACAGAUCCAAAACUUGUAACGAGGAUAACCAGUUUCUGGCAGGAGAAACACAGAUCCUGCAGUUGGGAUAAUUGAUAAGCAGAUCAAUGGGGUUUUCUUUCAGGUGUGUUUAAUGAAUUUCAUUCUAGCUGCCAACCUUGCCUUCUUCUAAGGACUGGCAGGAAACAGAUAGCCCUUGGAUAACAGAGGCACUGCGGUCCACUGCAUUUCAUAUUGGAGUGUUGUUCCCUGGCUCCUAUCUCAUGGCAUUCUGCUGAGAUUCUUUGAAAACUGUAACCAUUCUAAAGCCUUUUGCUGAAUGCACAAAUCAACACUGUGCUCCAGUUCCUCGGACUUUGGGGGAAAUUCUGUGCUUUAAGUGUAUGGUGUGUAUGCAACCUACCUUGUACAAACCUUAGGACUGUUGAUGCUCAUGUGUUUGCUGUGCCCUGUCUGAUAGCUAAAAUGCAAGGCAUAGAAGAGUGGCAUCUGCCUCAUGUGUGACUUUGAGGUGUAUCCAGUAGGUUUGCCUCUCUCUCUCCUGCAUUGUAGGUAAGGUACCAGCAGCUGAUGAAGCAACAGGAGAAGCUCAUGCGAGAUAUGGAGGCAGCGGUUGCCCGCCGAGAGUCCAUUGUGAUUCGUGGAGAGGCGCAGAAGAAAAUGAGUAGCAAAGUGUUCACCAAGGGCGAUUUCCAUUACAAGAAGCUGGAGCUAAAGAAAAAGAUCAAAGAGACCCAGAAGGUCAGGAAAUAAAGACAGAUGGCAAUAGCUCAGUAAGGCCAUGUAGAAGGGAUAUUCUAAUCACUUUUUUUUUUUUUUUUUUUGGCUUUAUAGGCUACUAGGAAACUGCUCAAAAGUAUAUUAAAAAAAUCGGACUCUUAUCUGACCAGCUCAUUUUUGUACAGUGUGUCUCCAAAAUAGCAAAAAGAGCUGGUGCAGUUUCCACCUUAUCCUGGGUCCUUUUCCUAGUUAUUUAGUGUUCUACUUCCAGACUUCCUAGCAUAGAAGUUAGUGUCUUAUUAAAGAGGUCCCAGCCUUCUAAUGUCCCUUGGACUUUAGACAAACAUCUCAAAACAUCCCUCUGCAUGGCUGCUACCAUGGCCUGCCAUUGCUCUAGUGGGCCUCUGAACAUAAUAUGAGAUAAUGUUGGGCUCCUGUUCGUGAGGAAUUAGGCUUAGGUAGGAACAGCAACUCUACAAAGAAGCAGCCAGGAUCUUCCCAAAUCCAAAAGACUUGAGAUGUAGCAUCUUCUGCCCACUUUCAAAGGAUAGCAGCACUAGCUAGUUUACCUGAUCACAUUCUCCCAUCUCUGCCCACGUUAAAAGCUGCAGCUCUUCAUUAAAAACAGUAGGAAGAUGGUAUUAUAUAGCUUAAUAAUAGUCUCAGCUGUAGACUCUAACAUAUACUGUACAUAUACUGAAUCUCACAGAUUGCUUUAUUGAAACAACCAAAUCCCUAAGUUAUUCUGUAUUAUUAGUUGCCCUGGCAGCAAACUAAAUACUGUCUUAUAUCAGCACUUCAAAUGUUGUAUAAACUUUGCCUUGUUCCUGCCUUUCACAAAUAAUUAACCUUCUGAAAUGAAAUGCUAGACAGAACAGGAAACGUCAAUUCUUACUAAGUUGAUAUAAAGAGAGCAGAAUAGAAAAUAGCAAGACCCUCAAGUUUGCCUGCCCUACAAGUGCAGAAUCUCGGAACAAAAUCUAAUUUAACAACCUUCCUGGUCCACAGAAGGCAGUUUGAAAUAUACAUUUAUUCCACACUAGGAUCUCCUAGCAAGGGUUGCUUUCCUGUAAUCAGCUGGAAGUUGAACUGAAACACCACACAGUAUAAUACUGUAUUAUCCACCAAUGCCCAUGACAAAUAUCUUUCUUUAGUGUAUACUCAGAUGUAAGUCCUGUUCAGCAAAAACAAACAAACAAACCCCUCCUGCAGCUUUAAUUAGAAACUCCCCCUUGUGCUUCUGCCUUCUUACUGCUUCCUGUUCAGUAUGGCAGCAGCAUUACCGAUGAGUAGCUUCUAAACCCUUAAUCAGCUCUUAAUCAGUUCCAGGAUGCAUCAUCUUUAUUCUCAAUAAAAACUGAGUGAACAGAGGAUGGCAAAACAACUAGUAUGAAAGCGACCAGAGACUGCUAAAUGCCUUCCUGAAGUUGCCAGCUCCAAGCCCAAAAAGGACCUAUCUAGAAAGAAAAUAUUAGAGCCUUUUAUUCUGCAGUUCAAAGAACCUUUUCAAAAUACGGUUUAAAAUGCAAUGAACUAGAACAGCAACACAAUUGGACAGAUCCCAUGAGGAGACUGUCAAUAGAAGGUCCCCCAGAUUCCUGCUGGCCAGAUGGCAGUUAGGAACACCUGCGUCUUCAUUGCUUUUGUAUGCUAAGGGAAGGAAGAGCUUGAAAUAUGAGACAUUUCCUCCAUGUAUCAAAGCUUCUUGUGACAGUGUACAUGCAUUUUCCUACUUUAGAAUAGCCACCGUUUAAUAAAAAUGUGAUGCAUGAUGCUACCCCAAGAUAGUCUCUUACAAGACUAUCUGGCAUGUGGGUUGGCACUGAAAGGCAUAGAGUGUUUCCCCCUCUGCUUCUCUCCCUUUAGAAUGCUGAGGAGUGCAACAAAACCAUCUUUGAACUUGAGAAUUCCCAGGUGAGCCUCGCUACUUCACUUCAGGAGAAGCAGAACAACAUCUCCCUCUUGAACACAGAAUUUAAUAAGCUUGAGACAGAGGUGGAUCAUCUGCAGGAGAAGAAACGGCAGGUGAGCAGAACAGGGCUUCUCUGUAGCACAUUUUCCAGCUUCUUCUGGAAAGUUUGCUGACCCCUGACUUAUAGUGUACAAAGUGCAUUUUCCUUUACUCUUACAACAACCUAUGGGUUAGCUUAGGCUAACACACACUCCAAGUCCAUCUUUGAGCUACAUGACUGGCCAGGGAUUUGAAGCAGGGCUUAUUGCAUUUAAACCCAACAUUCUGUCCACCAAAAUACAUUAGCCCUGUGCAGGAAUGAUAAUGCAAGCAUUCACUUUUGGAACUCCCUUGCAGUGCCCACCAUGUUGUUUCACUGUCCCCCGCACUUGGGGACCUUGUCUAUUAAAGACUAGGUCUCUGAUCGUCAGAAGGAACAGAUCUUUGGGAAGCAGUUCUUCCCAACCUCAAGCACCCGUUCACUGUUGCCUUGCCUGUAGACUUUUGUUUCUUAUAACGUAUUUGAUGUUGCUUUUCUAAGAACCUUGCAGAUAUUGUGGCCAACCAGGGGCGCCUGAAGCACCUGCGGUCAGUGAAGGAAGGACGCUACCACCCAGUUUGCCGCGCUGAGUUAAUGGUCCGCAUCGAAAGGCAGAAGCUGGAGGAGCGACUUCACAGCGUUCACGUCAUCCUCCAUCAAAUCGGGCAGGAGCAUCCUCAGCACAAGCCGGCAUUGAAGUUGCUCAUCCAAAGCCUAAACCAUAGGCUGGGUACCCCAACAGUAUAGUAGCAGGGGGUGGGGAAACGAAGACUGAAACUUUUACAUAUUGGAUAUUUCACAAAUAAAAAUGUUUUUGAGAAUGAUUUGGAACAAUUGUUGCUCAUCAUUUAGUGGAUAGUUAAACAUGAAAGAGCAAAGAUGGUCAAUGUGGCAAUAAAUAAAUAGAAGC